UGGGAUCAUCCUGUGGUUACCGGAUGAUGGGAAUAACUAAGCAGAAAUUAGGAAAUGAGCACGAAAUGUCUAUAAAUGAAUUUUCUCAUUAUUUGUUAUUUCCGGGUCUUUUCGUUGCAUUCACUUACAACAAGAAACAACCACCAGCGUUUGGUGCAGCACCUGCAUUUUGGUGCAUUCUUCUUUCUUUCCUUGGUCUUUCGUUCCGUCAUAUUCCAAAUAACUUAUCUAAUUACAACGUAUUAACCGCUAAUGCACCUUUUUUUUAUCAAAUCUCAGGGACAUGGUCUAAUCAUGAGGGUAGUAUUUUCUCAUGGUGUUGGAUCCCAAGUUUUUAUGGAUUCCUUUUUUGUUACCGGUACCGGGGUCGACCCCAAAGCCAUAAUGUCUCAAAACGCAGAGGCUAUAGAGAAACUUUUAUUUUUUCCUUUGUCUCGAACUUCGUGAAGAACUCCAUUCUAUCUCUCCAACAAAAAAGUGGAGCUGCGCCCCAGUUGUACACUCCCUUCGUUCGGAGAACCCUUGUUGAUUCUGAACUUCGUUCGCAAAGUAAGCGUCCUUUUAACGGGCCAGCCCUUUUUAAUGCGCCGCUUGACCCAGUUUUGAAAAUGAGCUUUGCUCUUCUGGGCGCUGGGCGCUCCCGUGGUUCGCGAGAAGGAAAAAGGACUAAUCUUUUGUUACAUCUGGCACGAGAUGAAAAAGAGAGAGCUUCGUCUAUCGAUGAACAGCAGAUUGACGGAGCUCUUGGCAUUGCUUUGUUUUUCUCUCCUUUCCUAUCAGCGAGUUCCGAUCCUUUUGUUCGAAAUUUCUUCGUUCGUACCGAACCGCUUGCAGAAUCAAAUCCUGUUCCACAAGAUCCUAUAUCAGCUAUACAUCCUCCUUGCAUUUAUGCCGGAGACGUCGCCAGUGCUAUGGGCUUUGGGUUAUGUAGAUCAAAAAUGAUGAAUGGGAUUGUGGCACUCCACUCGCCGCCAAUGCGGAAGGAUGCCGCCGAAAAGAAUGGAACGCUGCUUCGCUCUGCUGGAUGCGUCGGAUCCCAUAUAAGAAGCUCGCUCUUUACCCGAUCAUUCAAACAUUUUGUGGGCGGCGCGCCUGCUCUAUUGUUGCGUAGCAAUAGAAGCCUGCUUCGGCGGCGCUUUUUCGCCUUCUCUUCGCUCUGGACAGGAGCGCUAAUGGACACGGGGAGGGAGCAGGCGAAGCGUGUUGUCGUUCGUAAUGGAAAGAAAGACACCACUACUUCGCCUCUUUGUUGGACCGCCGGCGCGAACACAGUGGUCUCUGACCAGGACCAGGAACCAAUUCGAAUUUGGAUCUUGACAUGUUGGUUGUUUUUAACCGUAGGCAUCUCGCCAGGAAGUUGGUGGGCUCAUCAUGAAUUAGGUCGGGGUGGCUGGUGGUUUCGGGAUCCCGUAGAAAAUGCGUCUUUUAUGCCUCGGGUAUUAGCCACAGCUCUUAUUCAUUCAGUAAUUCUACCCCUUCUUCAUUAUUGGACCUCGCUUCUGAAUAUUUUGACUCUUCCAUGCUGUGUCUCAGGAACCUUUUCAAUACGGUCCGGAUUGCUAGCUCCCGUUCAUAGUUCUGCUACAGACGAUACACGAGGAAGAUUUUUAUGGCGGUUCUUCCUUCUAAUUACAGGCAUAUCUAUGACUCUUUUUUACCAGAUGAAGCAGGUCCGUAGAACCUAUAAAAAAGAGAUGGUUGUGGCGCGAAGUACUCUUGUGCACCUACGUCACCCGGCUCGCGCGCAACCCCGCCCCGUUAUGUUAUGGAAGAAUUUAGCUUCUUGCUGGGCUGGUUAUUCCGAGCCAGCAACUGGCUGGCUGCCGGAUUUCGUCCCGUCCGUAGCGCUUCGGAAGUCACUCUGGCGUGGCGCUGCUGGAUACUUCUGAUCAAUAGGAAUAGGAGGAAAAAAAAGCUUAUGAUGAGCAUCUAUUGGAGUCGAUCAUUUCCAAGAUCUAAUUCGAGUUUCUUAUUAUGUAGUGGAAACGCCUUACAAUCUUCAGUUUUACGCUUACGCUUAAGGGAAGAAAUGUUCUUGGUGGAUGCAGGCCUUGGUACCCCAAAAAUUUGUAUGCAAGAUGAGCUUACAGGACUGCCAAUCAAGCGAGCCACCAGGUUUGAGAAUAAGGUGGGAUCCAAGAAUGUAGUGGCUGGUGAAUCACUGAUCAAAAAGCGGAUUUUUGAGAGAUUCUUCAUCGAUCUAGUGGCCGGUGAAUCACUGAUCAAAGAGCGAGCAGCCGCCGGGUUUAAUGAUUUUGUGGGAUCCCUGGAUGUAGCGGCUGGCGAACCGCUUCUUCUUCCACAAAGAUUCAGACAAAACCGAGCUUGGAUAGAACUGAAGAAGAUUUGGCGAACGAAGAAAAAGGUAAAAGGGUUUCAAAUUAAUAAAAUAGAAGGAGGUUAUUCAGUAGCCAUCGCAGGUUUCAUUACUUUUCUUCCAUUCAAAGCUAAAAAAAUAAAAAGGAUAGCGAAUGCUCGAUUCGCCAUUGAUAGCUUUAUCCCUAAAAGGAGGGAUAUUGUGAUAAGGCAGAUUCAAACAAGAACUUAAUGACAAGAUAGAAAAAAUUAUUAAUAAUCCGAAGCCCACCUUAAUCCAUUUUGUUGAGGAUCUUGCACUUAUUCCGGCCCUAUAUUUACAUAGCCAAGAAAGGCUCUGGUGAUCAUGCGUGACUGCGGAGCGCCUAUCGCCCUGGCACGGCACUCAAAAAUGCUGGGUUGGGCCAGCAAGAAGACUUCGACUAGGGAGACGAAGAAUGGAAUUGAAGAAGGCAGCAUAGUCUAAGAUAACAGAAUGGAACACCAACCAACGAGUAAGUGGUGGAUUUGGAUGGAGUCUCGCAGAAGAAGAGUACGCGCGCUAGCGCGCCCCAAGACGUCAGUCCUUUUUCUGCUUGCUGGCCAAGGUCAGUUUACUGAAUCCCUUCCAAACACCAACCCAAUCUCCAUUCCUUGAUGGGAAAUGAGCAAGACCAUAUGUUUCUAAAAAAUAUAGCCCCUAUAUAAACCUAGCCCUUACUACCCGAACUUCUGACCUUCAAAUAGGACUAACUGCCCGAACCCGCUUGCUUAUCUUCUACGAUCUAAUUAAGUUAAGCAGUGGUUAUUUUUUUUUUAAGUGACUAGAACUUCUAUUAACUACUAUUCUAGCACCCAGCUGUGCCAUGUGUUUAUUCUAUUUUGCAGGUAUUCCUUUGAAUAACUCAUCUUUUCAGGUAAGAAAAUUGGAAGAUCUUCUUAGUCAUAGUCAGCCUAUCUGUAUUCUUAUCCUAUAGUGCGGAUCCAAUCAGAUUUUAUGAAGCCAAGGCCUGACAUCCAUUGUGGGGAUUUUUAUCGGGAGACAUGGCCUGGUGGUUUCUGAUCGAGAUUCCUAAUCAAUAGGGCGAAGAGCUCUUCGCAUGAUCUGGUCCUACCUUUUUUUUUCUACGCUAUUUUUUUUCCCCUUCUCGGCUGCUGUCCUUACUCCGGAUAAAUUGGAACACAUUGAUUCCGUUCGUUCCUGCCCUUCGCUUCAGGCCAUAGUGCUUCUGAAUUAUUUCUAUACCCCUUUGAUGAUGCAGCCUCUGACUCUCGUGGGUAAACUCCUACUUGAUUAGUCAGAACUUCUCUGUCUCAACUCGUGGACCUAUCUAUCUUCUUCUUUAUAAGAGAUAGGGGUUUGCUAUUCUCACGGAUUGCUCAUAUUUAUUUACCCUACCCCAUUUCAAAGUUUGUGCCUUGUUUCAGCCCGCCCUUCCUUCAUCUGAACCUUCCAGUACUAAUCUAUCUUUAUGGGGAAGACCCCUCAUCUGACCUCCGAGCUACCCUGUCAAUUGUAAAAAGUAGUUGAGUCGUGUCUCGCAGGAGCAAAAAGAGUGAAAUGAGGACGUAAGCCCCCCACCCCAGGUCUUCCUCUUCCUUCUAAACUAAUUGCUUUCGCUUGACUCUUCCAGUAAAAAAGUAUACUGAGUGGUUGAAGGAAAGCGAAAAGGAAUGGCUUUUUCAUGUACCAGAUCCGGUGAGCCAGACAUCAAGCAAAAAUGGACAUACAAUCAAAGAGUAAGGAGCAGUUAUUUGCCGGGUGGAUUGAUCAGAGCUGCAAGGGGAGACUCGGUUAUGGUGCGAUAAAGAGCUUGCUUCAAUGCUCGGAUUCAGGUAGAAAGUAAGAGCAGUAGCAUAUUCAUAGGAGAGCUUUGUACUUUAAAUUAGUAGUCCCGGUAGUUGGAAAAAAGCUCUGAAUACAGAUUCAAAACAUCAAGAUAGGUAGUCCGAUCAUUAGUUGGCCAGUCAUAGCAAUUUAAGUAGAAAGCUAGCUUCGGGAUCAGAUCAUUCAACUAAAGCUGUCAGGCCGGGUAGGCUUUGAGGAACAUUGGGGGUUCCUUAUGUUGUGACUGAGCAGAUAUGUCUAUUGUGCCCGGCAAAAACGGAUUUGCAAGGAGUUUGCCAAAGGCUUUCUCAUUCGGAAAAACAAUUCAAAGUAUAUUUCCCUUCUCCAUUCUCUGCUCGGAUGAUUGCCGCUUGUGUGAAUUUCAUUGCUGCGGGUCCCGCGUGUGCUCGAAUAAGAUUGUUUUAGGAUUCUAUUUAGUUGAAUUUAUUGACUCCGCGGUGCUGGUUAUCGAGUUUAUGGCGCCGCCGACCAUCCAAUCCAAUCCAAAAAGUAAAAGAUGGCGUCGGCAUUUACUUAUUAUGCUCUCUUCUAAUAUAAUAGUGGUCCCCCAGGUUGGUAUUCAGGUUGUAAAAUCCUGAUAGGAAAGAGUCGACUGUUAGACCUUGUUUUUGUAAUGGCCUAUCUUCUUUAAAAAGCCGAAAGAUAAGGAUUUCUAAAAACUUUUGCGUUCCGGAUGCUGGUCUCAUGUUUGAUCUGGUAGCGAUUAAAGAAUGAAUCUUGCUCUGGCGAUCAUGGUGGGAUUGGUACACCUCUAUACGCUGUAAAAUGAAGGUACUCUUUAGUUCAUGCUACGACCGCCGAUUGUUCCUGUGACCACACGCCGUACCAACAGAAAACUAUCAACCUAUCGGUAUGGUUUGUUGUUCACGUGUUAUGAUCUCGCUCAUCAGAUUGUUCCCCCCUCCCCUGGUCAAUGGCGGUGAGUUGAUUGACCAAGGCCUUCCCUUACGACGAUGGAAUUUCUUCCAUCGGCAAGACUUUGUUUGUCUCCUUCAACUUUAAUGAAAAGCCUAGUCUCUCGAUACUAACUAAUUAGUUAGGAGAGGUGCUUACUUUUCUUUUGUAGUUAAGGAUUCAUACCCCAUCCCAUUCCUUUUUCUUUUCAAAGAAAACCUUACCAUUUGAGUUUUGGGCCGCUGUUACCAUUUCCAUUUCCGGAACCUAACUAAUACUUAGUUGUUUCCAUUUCCUCAUCUGGUGAUAGAUCCUCAUCUUCUUCUGGCUCAAAUCCCUUUUUCAUAUCCAGGGCAGGCUUUAGGUACGCUUUAGUUUUAAAUCAUUAAAGAUAUGCUCGACCUCGUUUAUGUCCAUGGUACCAUCGUACGUACCUUCUACUAUCAACCAGAUGAGAUAGGGCUUUGAAAGGUCAGAGUCAGUCUCCUCUUUCUUUUAGGUCGUUUAGCAGUUCCCCAACCAGCUUUCUCCCCGAGAAAGCCUUCCUGAGAUUAAAAGAAAAAGGUUUGAAGGUGGGAUCAGUGAUAGUUCGGAACCAGCAAAGGGAGGCUGAAAAGCCGUAGUGCUAACGCACGCCCUGUAGUUUUGAAGCAGGCUUCGACAGCUGCGAGCUCCGCGUCGAAAAGCGAAGCGAGCCGCGCUAGCGCGCUACUCUUCCUUUAUGAGAUGAGCGAGACUCUAUCCAAAUCUACUGAUCUAAGAACUCCGCGAGCGAACUGAGCGAGCCAUGAGGCGCCUAUCGGCAAGGCUUGGAAAAGCCUUAAGUUUAGGCUUAGGCUCCCUUCCUUCACUGAACUGAUUCACCCGGGUCCAAACCUGCUGAGCUAGCUAAUUUUUCCUUUACGAGAUCUCGGCUCUUCGGAAUGAUUGGAGAGAGCCCCGCCUCCUCUUGGUUGGUGCCGGGCCCGGGACUACUUCCUGAAAGAGCCUUUCGUUCGGGCCGGCAGGAGGGGCCCUGAUCUAUCAAUUGAGGGAGCAAAAAACAGGCUUUGCUCCCCUUUUUUUAAAUGAAGAAAGAAAGAAGGGUCGAAGUUUAGACCGCUCACAGUAGUUCUACCCAUAGAAAAGAUCAUGAAAGAGGCGAUCAGAAUGGUACCCGAAUCCAUUUACGAUCCCGAGUUUCCAGACACAUCGCACUUCCGCUCGGGUCGAGGCUGCCACUCGGCCCUCAGACGGAUCAAAGAAGAGUGGGGAACCUCUCGCUGGUUUUUGGAAUUCGACAUCAGGAAGUGUUUUCACACCAUCGACCGACAUCGAUUCAUCUCAAUCUUGAAGGAAGAGAUCGACGAUUCCAAGUUCUUUUACCCCACUCAGAAACAGUUUUCCGCCGGACGACUCGUAGGAGGUGAGAAGGGCCCUGACUCCGUCCCAAACAGUGUACUACUAUCGGCCCUAUUAGGCAAUAUCUACCUACACAAGCUCGAUCAGGAGAUAGGGAGGAUCCGGCAGAAGCACGAAAUUCCUCUUGUAGUGAAAAUAAGAUCGGUUCUAUUAAGAAUAGGUCGUCGUAUUGAUGACCAAGAAAAGUAUGGAAAAGAAGCAAGCUUCAACGCUCCCCAAGACAACAGAGCCCUCAUAGUGGGGAGGGUAAAGAGCAUCCAACGCAAAGCGACCUUUCAUUCCCUUGUUUCGUCGUGGCACACCCCCCCCACAAGCACCCCCAGGCGAAGGGGAGACCAGAAAACGCCUUUCGUUUUCCCUCCUUCCCUAGCCGCCUUCCUUAACAAGCCCUCGAGCCUCCUUUGCGCCGCCUUCCUCAUAGAAGCCGCUGGGUUGACCCCGAAGGCCGAAUUCAAUGGUAGAGAAGGCUUUAAUAAGAAUUUGGCCAUGAGAGACCUUCUUAAGUAUUGCAAAAGAAGGGGCCCGCUGAUAGAGCUGGGCGGGGAGGCGAUACUAGUUACCAGGUCAGAGAGAGGCCUGGCCCGUAAGCUGGCCCCCUUUAAAAGCCAUUCCUUAUUAAUAAGGAUUUGUUACGCGCGAUAUGCCGACGACUUACUACUGGGAAUCGUGGGUGCCGUAUUUCUUCUCAUAGAAAUACAAAAACGUAUCACCCACUUCCUACAAUCCGGCCUGAACCUUUGGGUAGGCUCCGCAGGAUCAACAACCAUAGCUGCACGGAGUACGGUAGAAUUCCCCGGUACGGUCAUUCGGGAAGUCCCCCCGAGGACGACUCCCAUACAAUUCUUGCGAGAGCUGGAGAAGCGUCUACGGGUAAAGCACCGUAUCCAUAUAACUGCCUGCCACCUACGCUCCGCCAUCCAUUCCAAGUUAAGGGACCUAGGUUAUAGUAUCCCUAUCAAAGAGCUGACGAAGGGGAUGAGCGGAAGAGGUCGUCUACUGGACGCGGUUCAACUAGCGGAGACUCUUGGAAAAGAAAGUCCCCAAGUUAGCGUAUUAUGGGG